UCGUUGUAGCUUUUCUCUGCUGGUCAGUAGAAGCAGCGCAAAGAUCAGACUCAAUUGAUACUCUUUUCCUGAAACGGAUGUUCUGCAAUUAUAAUUAAAGAAAGCAAGCAAACCCCGAGGACAUACUUUACGCAUGCUGUCAGGAGCACCCAUAGCAGUAUGACAGAUAUGUCGCAUGAACAUCACAGUCAACAUUUGGACGCAACCAUGUCACCUCCAAUCACAGACCCUCAUGGGGACCAUGUGACGCAUCCCGGCUCAGGCGGUGGAAAUCAUGUUAUGAUGAUGCAAAUGACCUUCUUUUUUGGCUACAAAAAUGUUGAGCUGCUGUUCGCUGGAUUACUUAUCAACACACCAGGAGAGAUGGUAGGUGCCUGCAUUGGCGUUUUCUUGCUGGCUAUGUUCUACGAGGGGCUUAAAAUCAGCCGUGAGAUCCUCUUGAGAAGAAAUCAGGUGAACGUGCGUUACAACUCCAUGCCCAUCCCUGGAUCUGAUGGCACCGUACUCAUGGAGACCCACAAAACAGUUGGCCAGCGAAUGCUAAGUCUUUCACAUUUACUCCAGACGGUUCUGCACAUCAUCCAAGUUGUAGUCAGUUACUUCCUCAUGCUGGUGUUCAUGACCUACAAUGGUUACCUGUGCAUCGCCGUGGCAGCGGGCGCAGGUUUCGGCUACUUCCUGUUCAGCUGGAAGAAGGCAGUAGUGGUGGACAUUACAGAACACUGUCAUUAAUCUCUCAACAACCCCACAGAUGAUCACCGAUGUAUAAAACCUUUAAGAAAACCCACUAUUUAAUUCAAACACACAACUCUGAAUAAGAAAUAUCUGCUUAUUUUCAGUUUAUUUUAAAGUUUGGCUCUAUUUUGAUAUACUUAGUAAAAAGGCUCAUAUGUCAACCUAGUUGCCCUCAUCUCGGUCAUGUCGACUCCAACUUGAUCUACAGUUUGUUGUCAUCCAUGACCUUUAGAUACGUGUACACAGCCUAACAGUCUACCUCCACGGUCAUAGUACACUAUCUGAAUGAAAGGUCACUUCGGAUCACCCUGUUGAGUGUGUUCACAUCUGCCAUUCACAAGUUCAUGAAGGUGCUUUUGGGCCUUACUGAACCCUUUGCCUUAAAUGAAGGAACACACACAUACACACACACACACACACACACAUAAAAGGGCGACUGUAGAUUCUAAAUGCCAACCUGAGUCUGGUAAACCCAGAAAAAAGUGUCAUGAGGUUGUGAAUGGAUUAUAAUUCUUAACCAAGAGUUUCUUUAUAUGAGCAUCACAGCUGCUGGAAAUUAUUAAAAUGUCCAUAAUAAUCAAGGUCCUUUGUUUAGAUAUGAAUGCUGAAUUGAAAUCAUUGUCAUAUUUGCUGAGAGAUAGUGAGAUCUUCUGAUCUGUUGUGGGACUCUUGAGUUUACAGAGUAAGUUGAACCUUGCUCCCUUUUGGAGUGCUUUUAAGUAAAUAUAGGGGGGUCGGUUUAAAAAAUAAAUUAUAUCUGAUGCCAGUGUCCUCCGUUAGAUUUCUUUUAUAAUUUAUAUUUGAAACACGCUACUACUUAAACUACACAUUGUACUUAUCUAUGUGUUUUUCGGCUGUGUAUGUAAAUCCUUUUUUAUCUUUUAAAUGACAUAAUUGUUGUGAUCUAAAGCAAACCAUGAGCUAAUAAAAACAUCAUGGUCUCUAUUCAGUCAGUUCCCAGAUCUCAUUAUGUGGAUGUUUUUCAUGUAAUUUGUGCUCCUUCAGUUAAAGGGGUGUGCGUUUUGCAUCCGGGGACCAGUUAUCUCCAUUUUAAGUGUUCAUUUGCAUAAGGAGUGUAUUAAUUGUUUGUUAAAACAAAUGGCUAGAACCAAAUGCUUUCUUGAUGUGAAAGAAACUAAAUAACUACACUAAGAAACUAAUACAGUAUGUGACCCUGGAUCACAAAACCAGUCUUAAGUAGCAAGGGAACAUUUUUAGUAAUUUUGUACGGGUCAAAAUAAUAUUUUUCUUUUAUGCCCAAAAUCAUUAAGAUAUUAAGUAAAGAUCAUUUUCCAUGAAGAUAUUUUGUCAAUUUCCUACCCUUAUGAGUGGAUGCCCUGCUACAGUGCCUCAGAUUAACAACUUCAAUAGCAAUUUUCUCAAUAUUUUGAUUCUUUGUACCCUCAUAUUACAGCUUUAAACGGUUGUAUAUCCGCCAGCAAUCUUCUUAUCCUAACCCAUUUAUCAAUUGUAAGCUUAAUUUUCAGAUGAUGUAAAAAUAAGACUGGUUUUGUUGUCCAGGGUCACAUAUUUUAAGAAAGCCGGUUAAUUUCUUUCUUUGUAGAUGUUUAUAAUUUCCUACAGUUGUUUAGUUUUAGUUAAAAUAGAGUUGUAUUAUCUUAGAACAUCCACAUCAUGUGUUUGUACAAAUUGCCAGUUACACUCUGUAGUACUGGAGUUGCGGAUCAUAAUUUUCUCUAUUGUGGAAAAACAUGUACGCCCUGUAAUGCAGUGUUAACAUUUUCUAGACUGUUUACAGUUCUGUCAUGUCUGUAGAUGUUUCAAAAAACAAUCAUUUAGAGUAAAAGAGAAAUAAAUAUUGUAUGAUUGGAAGCAGAA